UCUUUCUUAAAACGACAGUUUGAGUGGGACGCACUGUGACGUCACCUUCUCCUCCACCCCUCUCCUCCCUUCCCUCUCCAGUCUACCUGACUCCUGCUGACCUUCAGUGGCGAUUGGCCCCCGCAGCCUGUCUGUCAACAUGCAAGGAUUCUACUCCAAGCUCGACUCGUCCCCCUCCUCGUCCCCGCUGCUGGGGGGCGGCGUUGGGCGAGAAGGCGCCCCCGUCCCCCUCAGCCUGGCCGUGGAGACGGAGAAAGCUCAGGCCCUCCUCCAGACAUUCAGCUCCGCCUCUCUGCUGGCGUCGGCGGGGCUCGGGAUGUUCUGCGUGGUGGCGGACCACGCCCUCCAGCUGUCGGUCAUCCAGAACCACCUGUGGCUGCGCGCCGCCUUGGACAACGCCACGCAUGGAUUGGUGGGGCUGUGGUCGUGGGCAGUCGUCAUCGGACUGAGGAAGAAGAGCGAUGUGUAUGAGGUGCUGCUGGCCGGGCUGCUGGCGUCAAUCAUAGACCUGGACCACUUCUACAUGGCUGGGUCCCUGUCACUGAAGGCUGCUGUCUCCCUCCCCCAGCGUCCUCCUCUACACUGCUCCUCUCUCAUCCCCAUCCUGUGCCUCUCCCUCCGCUUCCUCAUGUGGAUCGGACGCCUCAAAGAUGCCUGGUGCUCCUUGCCGUGGAUGCUCUUCAUUUCCAUGGCGACGCACCACGUCCGGGACGCGGUGCGCCACGGCCUGUGGGUGUGUCCGUUCGGCAACACGGCACCGCUCCCCUACUGGCUGUACGUCAGCACCACGGCGACACUCCCUCACCUGUGUUCAGUGCUCAUGUAUCUGACGGGAACGAGGGACGUGAUCUCCACCAAACACGGCGUGGCCAUCGAUGUUUAGACGUCACUGACUUACCGACGGCGCCUAACGCGGCUCCGGUCUGGAAGCAACGCUGUUAGCUGUUUGAAUCCACUUUUAGAUACUUGAAAUUACCGGAGGAAUCAUUGUGGCACUAGAGCAGUGUGGAGCUUUUUGUCAGUUUAGGUGAAGAGAAGGGUUGGCUACGAAGGGUGAGGUCACUUCUUAUAUGAUAAAGGAAAACAUGUAGGAUUUAAACUUGGGCUGCCGUGGAUGGAGACAUCCUGUACAAUAACAAGUUAGCUUUUCAAAAAGGGAUGUGCCAAUCCUUCUUCCGGUCUUCUGGAAGUGCUUCAGAAUCCUGUUCUCUUAUCUGGAGAGUGAUUCUUUUCCUAAUAACUGUCUUCGUGUUUAGGGAGUGACCCUUUUAAAGCUUUGACACAUGGUUUUGCAGAGGCUCGCCUGCUCUGUGUUCAUCUACCCAAACCCUGAUAAAGAGACCCGAGAGCUGACCUCCCUGAACUAUCACUGUCUGUCCUCAUCCUAAGAACACUCAAGGAAAAGUCAACCAAAGGUCAACCGCAGGCUGUAUGACGCAUUGUCACCCUCAGUGUGGUACCACUUUUAUUCUGCUGUGCUUUUCAAAUCGCUCCAUCUGCCAUAGUGACAUUUAGUGUAUUACAUGUUCAUUGUAGAGUGAGUUUAAGUCACAUUCCAGUGACAGAUCCACUAUUAGUUACCACUAAACUAACAGAAAAGAUAUCUUCCCCAUCCGUCAGCUUUCUGCCACUUCAGCACUCUCAUUUUGCUGCUUGGCUGAGCCUUUCUGUCCAGUCAAAGAUAACGUUCCUAUAGAAGGCAGUUUUCAGUGCCAGCCAUGUCAGCCAAGGUUAUGGAACAGGAUGUUGUGGCUGUGUAACCUGGUGGAAUUUCUUGCUUGCUGUUGACGCAGCAUUGGUAUUGUUGGAUUUAGCUGAAACACAUUAAAACGCAUUCAUUAUUCCUAAAACAGUGGCACCAUUGUGCCUCCAGUAAAGCCUGGUGGAAGUAUUAAAUGUUGCUCAGUUGUCCGUGUAAUCAAAGUACCUUCAGUUGGUUGUAAAAAGGUGAAAAGGCUCUUCUACUGUGUGCAUGAAUCAACCUGGGAGGUUUUUCAGGCUGCUGUUGUACAGUAAAAAUGAACUGCUUUUAUUUUUACAGUCCACAUACGAGUGUUAUUCACAUUUACAGAUUUUUCUUUGUAGUUUAAGAAAGAAACUGAGAAAAUGGCAGAUGAUGUUAAUUCUAUGGACACUGACUAUGUUUACAUGGACAAAAUAUUCCAGUAUUUGCCUCCCUCUUUCAUUCUUUCACUCUUUCACUCAACAUUUGCUCAUUUCAGCCAUCUUGUUGAUAUCCCAGUCUUUCAUAAUGUUUAAAAGCAGGUGUGUUUCUCCUUCCGACCACAGAUGUGGGCUUUUCCUUUGUGCACGCAUCUCUACUCCAGCCUUUCAAACUGUUGGUUAGUUGUUAUGUUUACACAGAGCGGACUGUAAACAGUGCAAACUGGCAUAUUCUGAGUGCACUGUAUACAUGUCCAAAGCAUUUUCCUAAAACCUGAAUAAUGAGGUCAUAUCCCACAUGUCUUACUCCGAAAAUACAUUUGGAAUAAGGCCUAAUCAGAAAUACCCAAAUGCAGAAUAUUGUCACAUUUGGAAUAAGAGUGUAAACUAGUGUGCAUGUAAACAUAGUCAGUCGUAGGUGUAUGGUGUCCCAGGUGACACUGGGAACUGGAAAAAUGCUGGAUAUUUAAGUUUUAAACAUUGAAGGGAAUGUUUUGUUCCAGUGUGUCCAUUGCCAGCAAUAUCUUCACAUUACCUGUUGAUAUUUCCGGAAAUAUAAAAUGGGAAAAAAUGUAAUUGUUGCAUUAACUUGCUGGUAAUUGUUCAACUACUUUUUUUUUUUUCAUGUUACUGUAAUGAGAUGAGUGAUGCAGUGCAGUCCAGUCGCUCUCUCAGUGGUGAAACCAUGACUUGCAGAAGGACAUGGACUGUUUAUUAUAAGUAUUUAUCACACCUGAAUAUAAUCAUCCACUGAGACACUGAACAGUUGGAGGCAGGAAGGAGGAAGUCUUCACACUCCCAUUCAUUCCAUAACAGUAUUGUUUAUUAUAUAUUUGAAACAAUGCAUAAUAAUAUGUUGUAAUAGAGUGGAUAGUGGGUGUAAUAGGUUUUAGGAACUUAUUGUUAUUUGAAUGUAAUUGACAUGGUUUAAGUUUAAAGGGAUGGUAACACUCUGAUGUCAGUCUUUUGGAGCUGGGGCAGAUUUGGGUUUAAUCACAAUUUUCUCAACAAAUAUUUGAAUUGUUUGUAUUUUCUACUUGUGAAGCCGCUGGUGAUGAAGGUUGUAGUGAUGCUUGUCGUCCACUAGGUUGCUGCAGCGAGCUAUAGGAUUCUUAUUAAUCAGCUCCUAAAGUUUGACAAUUGCACAGUGAGCCAUAGGGGGAAAAGUCCUGGUACAUUUGUAUUUAAGUAUAGAUUUUUAUUUGUUUGGGUGCAUUUUCUUUACUAUUGCACAAUCAUAUGUGUUAUAAUUAUUUAGGAAAUAUUUCCCUUGUAUUUCUUGUAUGGUACGAAGAAAGGACUGGAAACACUGUACUACACCCACUUAACACCUACUUCACUGAAAGAGAAGGUAACACAGUGGCUGCCGUCCCAUUUUAGUUGUCAUUUUCAGUGAAACUUCUUUUACUGCUGCUUAUGUUUACAAUGUGACCUUCAUUAAUGCAAUAUUAUGUUGAAUUUUGCACAUUUUAGUUUCAAUUCUGUUUUGCAUUAUUUGUUGAAUAUGUUUUUAUGGCAGUUUUGGUUUUAAUAGUAAGAAAGUAUAGAUAGUAUUGAGAUAGUUUUACUGUAGUGUUCUUUUUAUCUCAAUAAAAUAUAUCCUGUGUAUA